CAACGCGCAGUCGAGGCGGAUCUUCAUAUAGUAUACUCCUGUUGAGAAGAGAACAUGUGAGAUGUAAGAGCCAGUGAAUUGGUGUUAUACCUAACGCUGAAGCGGUAUUAAACGGGGAACAUGGCUACUGCUAAUCUUAACGAGAACUCCCCACUCAUCAACGUAGCAGGAGUUAUCGCCAGAGACAAUGAACAACGUCUCUCGUGUCGCACGCCGGCAGGCAAAGGAGUGCUAUGCGUUUUGCUGGUGGUUUUCUUUGAGAGAUUGGCGUAUUAUUCCAUUACGAUAAACUUGGUAUCUUUUAGUGACAAGCUCUUUAAAGACAUUGGCGUUCAGGGACUUACGGUUAAUCUAUUGUUUCAAGGUACAGCAUUCUUCUUGCCUCUGGUGGCAGGAAUAAUCGCAGACACCCUUCUAGGGAAAAAGAAGAUUUUGGCUAGCUUCUUUCCUAUUUAUAUAUUAGGCUCUCUCCUUUUUACCAUAUCUGGAGUCAGUGGCGUUGUGCAGGAAGCGAAAGUGAUACUUUUCGUAGCUGGUCUAAGCCUUUGUACAGUUGGAGCAGCAGGGGUUCGUGCUUGUCUCACUCCUUACGGAGCAGAUCAAAUUGAAACAAAAGACUCCCAAAGAUCUUUCUUUCAUUGGUCUUAUUUCGUGAUAAAUGUUAGUAGCCUUAUUGCGGUCACUGGUAUUAAUUACAUUGAGCUGGAAGAAGGCUACUGGUCCGGUUACGUUGUUGCCCCGUGUUCGCUUCUAUGCGCACUGGUAUUUUUCCACGUUGGCAAUCGUUGGUGCCGAGAGACGGAACAGCCAAGUUAUUUGCUCUUUGUCGCCGUGAAGCACCUGACAGGGCAAGCGAAACGCGGCAAUACACACCAGUUACCUGAAAGAAACAGAUUGGCCGUGGAUCCAAACGAUGCCAAAGCGUUCGCCAACGUCCUCGUGUGCAUUUCAACUCUAUUGGGUUUUAGUGUUGUUUAUUCUGCGUACCAAACUGUCUAUACUCUUCAAGGAGAACAUAUGAACGCAACAGUUAUCGGAGGAAAGGAAAUCACGUCGUCCUCCUUGUCGGCAUUUGACAACGCUAUUAUUUUACUUAUAAUACCCAUUGUGGACAGAGUUGUCUGGCCGUGCUUGAUGUCAAGGGGAAUACGGGUUUCUUAUCUUCAUAGAAUAGGUUUUGGCAUAUUGUGCGGUAUUUUGUCAGUGUUAGCAGCACUUCUGGUGGAACAUUACCGCCACACCGGACUAAGUAUCAUGGCCCAGGUGCCGCAGUACGUUCUUAUGGGUCUUGGAGAGAUACUUGCCUUCAUACCUUGCUAUGAAAUGGCAUACAUAGAGUCUCCAGCGUUUACCAAAUCCACGACAAUGGGGCUCGUCUGGACUACGAGCGGGAUAGGAUUUUACAUAUCUGCAUUUGUUAUAAAUUUAGUAGAAGAACGUCAAAAUUGGUUCCCGAUGAAUGACGAAGACCCAAAAUUAUCGUAUCCGUUCCUGAUUUUGGAAGGCGUGGUGGUCGUAUUCUUUAUUUUAUAUCUGAUCGUAGCUUGCACGCGGAAACCCAAAAAUGGCGAUAAUCGGGGAAAUGGAAGGCACGAAAUCGUGUGACAGUAGUGAUGGAUUUAGGGAGGUUUCAGGAGGGUCCAGACCCCUCUUCAAUUUUUGAAAAAAAUCACACCAAUAGUUCCCUCUUAAAUUUAGAAUUUUGAAUAAUAGCUGAAUCAUAGUUCUUAACCGUACCAAAUGACACCGUUUGCCUUCUAAAAUACCAAUUUUUUUCGGGACCCGAAACCCCAUGCCAAGGGAGGGGGAAGGUCGGCUUCGCUUGAUCGGCCUGUCAUCCCCCCUUCAAAUAAUCCUGGAUCCGCCCCUGGACAGAAUAAGUGCCACUGUACACGUGUAUUAAAAUGAUGAAUAAAACUGUAUCAUCGGUGGAUCUCGGUCGUAUAUCAGUAUUCAACUUCUGUUAUUGUGUUAGGGGUACAUUAGCUGUUCCUAAACAGUGCGAUGGAUGUGACAUAAUCCUCAACGUGAAUAUAUUUCAGCGUUUGUUAUAUUACGUAUGACAGUUAUGGUGGAAAGCAAAAAACUAUGGAGCAGCAUGAAAAAAAUGCCUAGAAUCUUGUUAUCGUUACCAAAUUACAUUUGAAUUUUUUUUCACCGAUUUUUACCUUUUUGCUUUUUUAAGAGAAGACUUUCGGACUCGUAAAGCUGAGACUUCUGGAUAUUACUAUGGAGGACAGAUCCACCUUUUUUUCUAUUCCAUUUCACCUAAGCCAUAAAUUUCUGCUUCUCGCACUGCACGCAAACCGUGCUGGUUUCGGUUAAGUGUGCUCAUGGGCAGAGUCAAUUUUUAAAGGGUGCGAAUAGUUAGACAGGAACAAUUGGAUAUUGAACACGUUUUUGAUAAGACAAAUUGCACCUUCACAUUUCCUUCGGGCCUUAAUUAUGCAAACAGAUUUUUCAGGAUCAGUAUUAGUUUUGAUUGGUCCUACCGAAUUUCGUAGCUAGAGGAGCUUGUGUUCAGGAUCUCCUUGAGCAAUUUUACAAUAGUUUUACAUAAGUCCCGUAAACGUGUUGAUAGCAUUGUUAGAGGCAUAUAUAUGUUUUCAUUUGAUCAUUGCAUGGUUUGUAAAAUAUUUUACUUAUUAUAUUUACAUGUACGUUAUUAUAUGAGGUGUAGAUACAGUGUUGGAAGCUUAGACAUUUUACCAAAUGUAAAAUAACAAUAAAUAGUCUUGUUUUAUCAUUUGAAGCACUUUUGCUAUUUCAAAUUGUAUUUGAUAUUAUAAUCUUUUAUUUAUUGAACAAUCGAAUAAAUGAC